AUGGGGGAACCAAUAUGUCAAGUGUGUGGCGAAGGGGAGGAAACAAUAGAGCACUUGAUGUUCUUCUGCACUAUCGCAAAGGAGGUAUGGAGAUUGGCACCAGUGCAGUGGGAUGGCAUUGAGGAUAGAAGAGGCAAUUUUAACACAUGGUGGAGUGAGUUGAUGGAAGCAUCAAGUAGGAAGGAAGGACAGCAGCACCAAACACUUACUGUGAACAUUCUUUGGCAACUGUGGAAAGCCAGGAAUGAGAAGAUCUUCAACAAUAAGAGUAGGAAUCCUUUUGACAUUGUACAGAAAGCUCAUCUAGAAUGGAUAGAAUACACUGAAGUGCAAGGUACAGGUAAGCUGGCGAGCAGACAGGAAACAUCAGCUAGCAAUGAAGAGGCACCAGGUGACACAACAAACAGCAACACAAUGACAAUUAUUGUGGAGGUGAGCCAGCAGAAGGAAACGAAAACUAUGGGCAUUGGCAUAGUGGCAACCAAGGACAAGGUGCAUGCUGCAUGGGCCAUGAAGGACAAAAGUACAGGGGACACUUUAUUGGACUAUGCUGCUGCACUCAAAUUAGUGUUGUGUAAAAUCACCGAGAAGCAUUGGCCUGCUGUGCAUCUGCUUGUUUCAUCCGCACAUAUGGUACGAAUGCUGAGAAAUAACAAGACCACAGACAUAAGACUCUUUGCUCAAUUGGAAGACAUUCACAUGUUCAAAGCUUUGUUUAUGAGCUGCUCAUUUAGCUUAGUUGCCAACCAGUGUAAUAGACUAGGGAGAAGAAUUAGUAAGUAUGCUACUAGAUUAGCGCAAGAUGAGGAAUAUCUAAGUCCUCUGUGUCAAAUGACACAAUUGUAG